CCUAUGUGGACGUUUACACAAAAAUCAAAGUUGUCGGUUCCCUUUCAUUUGGUGCGUGGUAAUUUGAGAAGGUGUAAGCAUUGCGAUGCAAUUGAUUGAUUAUAAUGAGGAUGAAUGCCCAUGGUAUUACUUUGAUAGUUCGUACAAGACUCUUCUGGGAGCUUGUCUUAUUAUUUUUGGUGUAUUCGGGGUGCUGCUUAACGCCUGGCUUUACGUUACAUUCAUCCACAGUCACCUAGUAGUGUUUAAGAGCCACGUUCUGGUACUCAAUCUUUGCUCAGCUUCGCUCGGCAGGAAUUUACUUGGAUUUCCAUUUGCAGGGUCAUCUGCAUUAGCAAAAAGAUGGCUAUUUGGCCCAUCAUGCUGCCAACUUUUCGCUUUCCUAAAUCAGUUCUUUGGUGUCUUCCAAAUGAUUGCUUUGUUCGCAAUGGUACUGGAAAGAUAUUUACUAGCAAAAUACUAUAAGCGAGAAAGAACUGUAUACUUUAGGUACUAUUGGACGCUGAUCGGAGUGUGUUGGACGGUCGCGGUGGUGUUCGCCACACCGCCACUGUUCGGGUACGGCAUGUAUUCCUGUGACGCGACUGGAACUGUGUGCACUUUCAUGUGGCCGUCGCUGACGUCUGGUGCAAAGGGCUUGGGUUUCAGUGUGCCCUACGUCAUAAUUUGUGGAGUGAUGCCUAUUGUUGGAAUAUUCUUCUUUAUGGGCAAAGCAAUUCGACUGGAAACGAUAUAUUACCGGAACGAACAACAAAGGGAGGAAAAACGCUUGACAAAGUGCAUCCACGCCGUGUGUGUGACAACCUUGGCGCUAUGGAUACCAGCAGCGGUACUGGCGGGCUGGCAGUGGUUUCCUCUGCUACUGUACGGGUACCGACCACACGUGCCAAAAGUACUGGCUCUCUUCGCACCCAUAGCAGCUGAGGCAGCAACCAGUGUUCCAGUGUUAUGUUAUCUUAGCAGCGACGAGAGGAUACGGGCAGCAUUACUAGGCCGAAUGAGAAACCACUACGCCCUCUUACCUCCUGAGCGAGCUAAAUUGUACAGAAGAAGUCACUAUCAGAACUAAACAAGAAUACAGAUAGAACAAGGGAGUAUCGGAAGUUAGAACAGCCUGUAAAGGCGACAGUCAAGUGACACAUCCAGUCGACAUGGAAGAUAGAGGUUCUCGUCGACACACGAAAGGACGGGUUUUAUCAUUGAUAUGAAUUAACGUUCAUAUAAACGCGACAAUGUAUUAUGCUUUGUACUUAUGCUUAAGUU